AUGGACAGUUAUCAUACCAACGGCGGCGGCGACGGCGGCAUCUUCGAUCCGACGGUCGCCGUCCACCGGGCGUUACCCUCGGGGCACGAGUUCUUCCCGUCCUUGGUCAUCCGGGACAGCGACUCAUUCGGCGCCGUGCCGGCGUCGGAGGAGGAGAUCGCGAGGCUAGAGGAGGCGGCGGCGGGGGAGACGAUCGGGGACGCUGCGUGCGCCGUGUGCUUGGAGAGCUUCGACGAAGACGGCAGGAUCAGGAAGAUGCCGUGCUCCCAUGGAUUCCACGAGGGGUGCAUCUUCCGGUGGCUGCGGGUCAGCCGCCUCUGCCCGUGCUCCCGCUUCGCGCUGCCCGCCGCCACCGAUCACGACGAGCUGGCUGAUGAUUCCGAGCCGUCCGAUCAACGUAGCACGAUGACGGGGGGCAAGAUGAACCAGCUCCCGGCGCCGGCGAGCCGGCUGUGGGAGGCCGGCAUCCGCAAGCUCAACUCCACCAUGGCCAUCCGCCGCGGCGGCGGGAUCGGCGUCGGCCCCGGCGGCUUCCCCUCCUCCGCCCCAGGCAGCCUCGACCUCCUCCCCACCACGGCCAUCCCCGCCUCCAGCGCCGCCACCACCAUCUACGCCGGCGGCCUCUACGACGACGACGAAUCCCCCACCGCCGCCACCGACACCACCGCCUCCGAUACCGACGAAUCCGACCCCGACGCUGACUCCGGAUCCGACGAAGAAGACUCCUCCCCCUCCAUCACCCACUCGGAGCAGCUCCUCCCCAGCGGCGACUUCUACCAAGGCGCCGCCACCUCAGGCGCCGCCAUCCCCCACGGCACCGGCAAGUUCCUCUGGACGGACGGCAGCAUGUACGAGGGCUCCUGGCGGCACGGCCGGGCCUCGGGCCGCGGCAAGUUCUCCUGGCCGUCGGGCGCCACCUACGAGGGCGACCUGGCCGGCGGCUACAUGCACGGCCACGGCACCUACAUCGGCGAGUUCGGGGACACCUUCGCGGGCCACUGGGCCGGCAACUUCCGCCACGGGCGCGGCACCCAGGCCUACGCCAACGGCGACGUCUACGACGGGCUCUGGCGCGACGGCCGGCCCGACGGCCACGGGCGCUACAUCUGGCGCUACGGGCACGAGUACGUCGGGGCCUGGAAGGCCGGCGAGAUGGGUGGGCUCGGGACGGUCAUAUGGGCCGACGGGGAUCGCUACGAUGGGGCCUGGGAGGAUGCGAGGCCCAAGGGCCAGGGGACGUUUAGGUGGGCCGAUGGGGGGAUGUAUAUUGGAGUCUGGUGGGGGAACAGUAACAGCGAGGAUGGCGCCGGAGAUGGGGAAGAAGAGGGGAAAGGGGUUUAUUACCCGCCGUCGGGGGGCCCGGCGGUGGCGGCGCCGCCGAGGGAGGCGAGGGAGGCCAUCAGCCGGUUGGUGGAGGAGCUGGAGGUGACGGAGGGGAAGGAGGCGUCGCUGCUGCCGUCGCAGAAGAUCCUCACGUGGCCUGGGGUGGAGGCGGUGGUGAAGAAGCCCGUGUGGAAGCCGCCGGAGCCGGAGGAGCUGGCGGCGCAGGCCAGGAGGGCGGCGGACCGCAGGAGCAGCGUCUCGGAUCUGGACGUCAGCGGGCUCUCCGUUGUUGCGGCGGCGGGGGAGCAGUGUAAUGAGGCGGAGCAUCAGCCGGAGCUGCAGGCGGAGCAGAUGGCCCACUCGGUGGCGGCGGUGGUGGAGAAGGCUUGGAUGCGGGCGCCGACGUGCAUGCGCGCGCCGCCGCGGCCGGCCAAGAAGCAGGGGGAGACCAUCUCCAAGGGCCACAAGAACUACGAGCUCAUGCUCAACCUGCAGCUCGGCAUCAGGCAUGCGGUGGGGAGGCAUUCGGCGCCCAACUCGCUGGACCUCAAGUCGUCGGCGUUCGACCCCAAGGAGAAGGUGUGGUCGAGGUUCCCGCCGGAAGGAUCCAAGCACACGCCGCCGCACCAGUCCUGCGAUUUCAGAUGGAAGGACUACUGCCCCUUGGUCUUCAGGACGUUGCGUAAGCUCUUCGACGUCGACCCUGCGGACUACAUGAUCUCCAUCUGCGGCGACGACGCUCUCCGGGAGCUUUCCUCACCAGGCAAGAGUGGGAGCUUCUUCUACCUCACCAAUGACGACAAGUACAUGAUCAAGACGAUGAAGAAAUCCGAAGUUAAAGUGCUUCUUAGGAUGCUUCCGGCCUAUUAUAAACAUGUCCGUUCUUUCGACAAUACUCUUGUGACCAAGUUCUUCGGUCUGCACUGUGUAAAAAUCACAGGAGCUAUCCAGAAGAAGGUUCGGUUUGUCAUAAUGGGGAACCUCUUCUGCUCCCAUUAUGCCAUUCAUCGGAGAUUCGACUUGAAAGGAUCUUCGCAGGGCCGCAUGACCGACAAACCUAUAGAUCAAAUCGAUGAGCACACCACUUUGAAGGAUCUUGAUCUCAAUUUCAUUUUCCGGUUAGGCGGAUCCUGGUUCCAGGACUUCUGCAGGCAAGUGGACAGAGAUUGUGAGUUGCUGGAGCAAGAGAGGAUCAUGGAUUACAGUCUUUUGGUCGGCAUUCACUUCAAAGAUCGAUAUAGCAAUGCUGACAACGGGGCGGAUGAACCUGAGCCACUUAGGAAACCGCCGAAGCUGGGGAUCGCCAUGCCGUCACGGGUGGAGAACGUGGUGAGGACUAGCCCGGCAGAGGGCAGCAGCGAGUGCGCGCCGGGGACGCUGAUCGGGGAACCGACGGGGGAGUUCAAGGAGGUGAUCCUGUUCUUCGGCAUCAUCGACAUCCUGCAGGACUACGACAUCAGCAAGAAGCUGGAGCACGCGUACAAGUCGCAGCUCUACGACCCAAACUCCAUCUCCGCCGUCGACCCCAAGCAGUACUGCAAGCGGUUCAGGGACUUCAUCUACAAAGCCUUCACCCAAGAUGUGCAGUAAAUACUGAUUCCUAAUUCCUUUCUUUCUUUCUGUUACCGAGAUCAUGAUCGAGACUCGGUCGAUGAUGGCGGGGCGGCGAUGGAGUCUUUUUUUUGGUUGCUCAAUCGAUCGAUCUGGUGAUUGUGUUCAUAUAUAGGUUUAGUAAAAUUUUGCAAAUGUGUUUUUCAAACUAUGUAAGUAGGGCUAGUGUAAAGUGUGGUCAUGCUGGCUGGCAUGAAAGAAGGAUGUGUAGUACAGAAAGAGAGACGAGGCUGUUGUUCAUGUAACAAAUUUCUUCUUCCUUUCUUUUAUCGUUACUAAUUUUAUUAAACAAGAGAACCAUCAUUUCUACUUAAUUUCCUC